AUGAGUCUGGAUCUUAGAUACUCAGACGCUACGGCGCUUGCCGAGCUGAUUCGCACGGGCAAAGUGUCUGCCGUAGAAGUUAUGCAGGCUCACCUCGACCGCAUAAAUUCUCUGAAUCCCCAGCUGAAUGCUAUCGUCACCGUUAACAAGAGUGCGUUGGAGGAUGCCAAAGCCGCAGACACAGCAGUGCAAUCUGGUACAAAAAAUCUCGGCCCCCUGCAUGGCGUCCCCUUCACCGUGAAAGAUUCGAUUGAUACCGCAGGCGUGGCGACACAACGCGGCUCGCCAAUUUUCGAAGGCCGCGUGCCUUCGUCCGACGCCGUCAGCGUUGCGCGGAUGAAGGCCGCCGGCGCCAUUUUACUUGCGAAGACCAACCUUCCGGAAUUCUCAUACGCCUGCGAAACUGAGAAUCUCCUCACGGGCAGGACAAACAACCCUUGGAACCUCGAGAAGACGCCAGGGGGCUCCAGCGGCGGAGAGUCGGCCGCCAUUGCAGCCGGACUCUCCCCUAUUGGCUUGGGCACCGAUCUUAGCAUCUCAGUACGCGGCCCGUCUGCGAUGACAGGCAUCAUGGCGCUCAAGCCAACCCACGGGCGUAUUCCUAUGACAGGCGUAUGGCCACGAGAGCCUCGCCGGUUCUGGCAUACAGGGCCAAUGGCGCGAAGCGUUCGCGACUUAGCUCUGGCAUACUCGGUGAUGGCUGGCCCCGACGGGCAAGAUGCAUUUUCGUCACUGGGAGCCAACUUUGAUGCUGGAGUCGGAGCGACGCCCAAACGACAGCUCAAGGUCGGCUGGCUAGUAGAGCCGGGGUUUGGCCCUAUUGAUAGCGAGGUUGGCUCAACUGUCCGGGCUGCCGCCGAGGCUCUCAAAGCUGCAGGCUGUGCCGUCGAGUCUGUCCGUAUCCCGGCUCUGGAGCAGGACUUCGCCCUGGACGUGUUUUUACGCAUUCAUGUCAACGAGAUGAAACCCCCCAUGGUGAAAAUCACUAGCGGGCAACCCGAAGAAAAGAUUUUCAAGAAUGCUCGGGGCAUAUUGAACACUCCCGAAACACCAAUGGCCGAUUUCGUUGAUGCUGAGCAGGCAAUUGAUAGGCUCAAGGACGGCUUUGCCGAAUAUUUCCAAAAGUAUGAUGCACUCGUGUGCCCUGUGAUUCCAGUACCCUCGCAUGGGCACGCUAUUGAAGAACUCACGAUUGACGGGCAGACCGUCAGUAACUUCAACAUUUGUUCGACCACCACGCCUUUCACUGUAACGGGACUACCAGGACUGUCAAUCCCGUUCGGAGCAAGUCAUGAGGGCAUGCCAAUCGGCGUCCAGCUUGUCAGUAGCUGGCACGCUGAUUCCACAGUCCUGCAUCUCGCAUCCGUGCUAGAAAAGGUCAGCCCUGUUAAGGGGUCUCAUCCGAACAUAUAA